AUGCCGCCCCUCGAACUCCGACAGGAAUUCCCCACCCUGAAAGCCUUUAAGGAGGCCCUCCACGCUUGGGCGAUCGAAGCGCAUUUCGAGCCCCGGAUCCUAAAGUCGGAUACGGGUCGUGUGCGUGUGGGCUGUAAACGCGAUCCGAAUUGUCCCUUUGUCAUUAGAUGUAAUUGGGAGCGGAAGAAUGGACGGGAACCGCUUGCGAGGGUGACGGUGUUGAAGGAUCGACAUACUUGUUUGAAUGGACUUGAGUGGACGGGGGGCAUGGUGCCCAGUAUGGGGAUUAAUGGCCCCAUGGGGGGAAUGAAUAUUGGGGGCGUGGGAGGAGGCGUUAAUGUGGGUGUGGGGGGACAUCCUGCGAAUCAUGGGAUGGGGAUUGGGGGACAGGUGGGGAUUAGAGAGGAUGAGGAGGGGAAUAUUAUGGGGGGUGCGAGGGUUUUGGGGCCGGUUGAGGGGAGGGGGAGUAAUGGAGGGGGGAAUGGGUUGGAUGUUGGGGGAGCGGGUGGGCUACCUGUUCUUCCUAAAGUGCAGAGGAAUAGUGCGUCUAGAUUGCCGUUUUUGAUGGAGAUUCUGCCCAGGGUUAUGAAUAUCCAGAAGGAGACGACGCCGAUGGAGAUUAGGGAUUGUUUGAUUAGGGAGUAUGGACAGGAAGUCCAUUUACAACAGUGUCGACGGGCCAAGACGGAAAUCUUGAAGAAACGAUCGAAUGAAGGGGACGGUCAACAAGGUCAAAACCAAAACCAGAAUCAAGGUCCAGGACAAGAAUCCACACAUGCUCACGCCCACUCACAUUCUCACACCCACAACCCACCCGGCUCUCUCGAUGGCCUAGGAGGCGGCUCCGAAAGCGCAAACGAGACGGCGAAUCAACAGCUCUUCGGCGAGCUUAAUACUAACGGGGUCAGUGUCUCGACCCCAACGGUCAACAAUCAUAACCCGCAGCAGCAACACAGUCCCCAUUUCACACUACAUACUGCGGCGGGGGUGGUGACGCCUGUGGUUCCCGAGAGGGGGAGCGCAGCAUUGAGAGCCGUGGGCGAACAGCCGAUUAAGUGUCCGUAUUGUUUGAAUCAUCGCUGGAUGAAGAGUAUUCAGGAUGCGGUGGAGCAUAUGAGUAUGCAUGUUACUGUGUGA